GGCGUAGUAGUAUUCUGCGAUGGGCAGAGGGUGGGUACGCUACGUCUUCAUCAGUCUUGCCGUGUGCACUGCAGAGGGUGAGGCAUGUGGCUAUUUGGUGGGUCUGCUUACUGCAUGUCUGUGGUCGUCAUCAAGUCUAGUACGGACGCCGUGAUCAACCUGGUGACUGCGCGUAUGGGGGACCAGGGGCGUGCGAGGGAGCAGAGGCGUACAAGGAACCGGGGGCGCGCGAGGGAUCAGGCGCGUGCGAGAUUGGUGUACAUGGCCAAGACUCACGAUCAGUUCGAUCAGAGCAUCUUCAGCGGCUUUGGCGCGGCCCCACGCCUCUCUGCUUUCCGCCUCAUGGCUCAGGGAGUCUUUCAUACGAGCGAUGUCGCGCCAUUUCUGUCGGAGAUCUGCGCACACUGCACAGAGGCAGGCUGCGGGUGCAGACAUGACGGCUAAGCUGUUGUGUGCCGAUGCUGCACAGAAAGCUUUGGUUGGACAGCGUGUCACUUGUUCGACGGCGCCGAUGACCGUGCGAGGAAGGCACGCUAAGUAGCGGCAAAAGCCUUCCAAUUCCACCCUCACUUCACCACCACCUCCUACCUUCACAUCACUACCACCGCCAACUUACUUCCCCC